AUGUCCGUCUUGAAUAACUUUACGGUGUCCGUUGCGAAGGGUUUACGACGUCUAAGACAUAAGCAGGAGCUUCGUGAGGUAGUGCCUAAUGCUUCAAGAAGGAAAGGCAACACAGCAGUGCCAGAGGAGACGAAGCUGAACAUGGAGAAAUGCCUCAUCGUAUCAAAGGUUACCAGAUAUGAAUAUGAAAGACAUUGCCACGAGAAUCUAUCAGAAUCGGAACUAGAGAAAGUGCUUAGAACACGAGGUUCUGAUUACGACUCCAUGCUGAAGACACACAAGCAACAGAAGGCAUUUGAAGAGAAUGUAGCGAAGAGCCUCAGAGAUAUGGGACUUAAAGUGGAAAUGGCGAGCAGAUUAACAUACAACGAUGAUAUUAUAAGUUGGUGCGACGUCGUGGUGCCAUGUGGUGGGGAUGGCACCUUCCUUUUAGCAGCCUCUAGAGUCAGAGACGCUAAUAAACCAGUGAUAGGCUUCAACAGCUCACCACAGAAGUCGGUAGGACGCCUCUGUCUACCCACCUGGUGUUCCAACGACGUGAAGGGUGCGUUCCAGGCGAUCAAAGAGGGUAGGUUCAGAUGGAUGCGUCGCUCCAGGAUACGUACGACCGUCACCUCGGAGCCGCAGCUCUUGGAGACCAUCACCCCGGUAGAUCUACACACACUGCAUUUUUGCAGAUACCCUCCAGUCCAGAACACCCAUGAGAUGGUGGACGCAUACAACAUGAACUCUCGACAGAUCGCCUCCAAUUCAAAGGACGCGCCCGUCAGUCCCACGCUCGCCACUAAAGUGUUACCUUUCCUGGCGCUUAAUGAGGUAUUUAUAGGGGAGAGUGUAACAUCUCGCGUGUCAUUGCUCCGGCUACAGAUAGACAACGGCGCCUGGUCUCACACGAAGAGCUCCGGACUCUGUGUCACUACUGGGACUGGGAGCACUUCGUGGCACUUUAGUAUAAACUGUCUCCGCACGCAAUCAGUGCAGGAGCUGAUGAAGAUCCUCCACGAGGAGUACAAGGUCCCAUUGGACACGGCCAUGGAGAAGGCGCGCGAAGUCACCGAGAAAUAUAACCAGAAACUCAUGUUCGCUGCAGAUUCCGACCAGCUAGCGUAUUCAGUGCGUGAAUACAUAACGUUCGAGGAGUGGCCCACUCCCCGCGGACUCAAAGUACGAGACAAGGCGAGCUCGGUUAAAGUCAAGUCGCAUUGUACUGAUGCGGGCCUAGUAAUCGAUGGCAGCGUCUCAUUCCCCUUCAACGAUGGAACAGAAGCCAUAUUAGAAAUCCACCCAGAAGACUCACUGAUGACGGUACAGAUGGACGAAAAACGGCCAUAA